GCGUGUUGGGGGGAUGGGGCCGAGCCGAGGAUGAGAGACUUCAAAUAUUUACCACUUGGCUAACUAAAUAUCUGUUUUUAGAACCGAGUUUCCUUCCUUGCACUUGGACAUAUAAAUACACUUCGACUACGGAUGAGUUUUGGUGGAAUUCUGCGAAAAACUAAGUGGAGUGUUUGUGCGUCCACGACACACGCUUAAAAAAAGUCGACAAAAUGUAUUCCUCUGCUGGAGCUGCUGAGAUGCUUGAGGGACCCCGUUCGACUGGGUCCGUAAGCUCUGAUCCCCCAUCUUCCCCAGUGCCAGAAUAUGUGUUCAAGCCACCAUCACGGCCAGACUUUGGCACCAUGGGCAGGACAAUCAAGCUCCAGGCUAACUUUUUUGAGAUGGAAAUCCCCAAAUUGGAGGUCUAUCAUUAUGACAUUGACAUCAAGCCUGAAAAAUGCCCCCGGAGGGUCAAUCGGGAAAUUGUGGAGCACAUGGUCCAGCACUUUAAAACACAGAUCUUUGGUGAUCGAAAGCCGGUGUAUGAUGGAAGGAAGAACCUUUACACUGCCAUGCCCUUGCCAAUAGGCAGAGACAAAGUGGAGCUUGAGGUAACUAUUCCUGGUGAAGGAAAAGACCGCAGCUUCAAAGUAGCCAUCAAGUGGGUGUCCUGCGUUAGCCUGCAAGCUCUGCAUGAGGCACUGUCAGGACGGCUACCCAGCGUCCCUUUUGAGACUAUUCAAGCCUUGGAUGUGGUCAUGAGACAUUUGCCUUCUAUGAGGUAUACCCCAGUGGGACGCUCUUUCUUCACUCCUUCAGAGGGAUGCUCAAACCCUCUUGGUGGAGGGAGAGAGGUGUGGUUUGGUUUCCACCAGUCUGUCAGGCCGUCCCUUUGGAAAAUGAUGCUCAACAUCGAUGUUUCGGCCACUGCGUUCUACAAAGCCCAACCUGUAAUUGAGUUUAUGUGCGAGGUCUUGGAUUUCAAAAGCAUAGAAGAACAGCAGAAACCCUUGACAGACUCUCAACGAGUGAAAUUUACAAAAGAAAUCAAAGGCCUGAAGGUUGAGAUUACUCACUGUGGGCAGAUGAAGAGGAAGUACAGAGUGUGCAACGUGACAAGAAGACCAGCCAGCCACCAAACGUUCCCUCUGCAACAGGAGAAUGGCCAAACUAUAGAGUGCACAGUAGCUCAGUACUUCAAAGACAAGUACAAGCUCAUCCUGCGAUACCCCCACCUGCCAUGUUUACAGGUGGGGCAGGAGCAGAAACACACCUACCUGCCUCUAGAGGUGUGUAACAUAGUGGCAGGACAGCGCUGCAUCAAAAAGCUGACAGACAAUCAGACCUCCACUAUGAUCCGUGCCACAGCCAGAUCGGCACCAGAUCGUCAGGAUGAGAUUAGUAAACUGAUGAGAAGUGCCAACUUCAACGCUGACCCUUACGUUCGUGAGUUCGGAGUGAUGGUUCGGGAUGAGAUGACGGAAGUGAACGGCCGUGUCCUACAAGCUCCUUCCAUACUGUAUGGAGGCAGGAACAAAGCAAUAGCCACACCAAUCCAGGGAGUGUGGGACAUGAGGAACAAGCAGUUCCACACUGGUAUUGAGAUCAAAGUGUGGGCCAUUGCCUGCUUUGCGCCACAGAGACAGUGCACCGAACUCCUACUUAAAGCUUUCACAGAUCAGCUGAGGAAGAUCUCUCGAGAUGCAGGAAUGCCUAUCCAAGGUCAACCUUGCUUUUGUAAAUAUGCCCAGGGAGCUGACAGCGUCGAGCCCAUGUUCAGGCACCUCAAAUACACCUACCAGGGCCUCCAACUGGUGGUAGUCAUCCUACCAGGGAAGACACCCGUUUAUGCUGAGGUGAAACGUGUUGGGGACACGGUUCUUGGCAUGGCCACACAGUGCGUGCAAGUGAAGAACGUUCAAAAGACGACGCCUCAAACUCUUUCCAACCUGUGUUUGAAGAUUAAUGUUAAGCUGGGCGGUGUUAACAACAUCCUCCUCCCACAGGGCAGGCCAGUGGUGUUUCAGCAGCCAGUGAUCUUCCUUGGUGCAGAUGUGACACAUCCACCUGCAGGAGAUGGAAAAAAGCCCUCUAUCGCCGCAGUGGUUGGUAGCAUGGAUGCCCAUCCCAGCCGGUACUGUGCGACAGUACGGGUGCAGCAGCACCGCCAGGAAAUCAUUCAGGACCUGGCUACCAUGGUGAGGGAGCUGCUGAUCCAGUUCUACAAGUCCACCCGCUUCAAGCCCACCAGAAUCAUCUACUAUCGGGAUGGCAUCUCUGAGGGCCAGUUCAACCAGGUUCUUCAGCAUGAGCUGCUGGCAAUCCGGGAGGCCUGCAUCAAACUAGAGAAGGACUACCAGCCUGGUAUUACCUUUGUGGUUGUUCAGAAGAGACACCACACGAGACUGUUCUGUAUGGACAGAAAUGAGAGGGUUGGGAAGAGCGGCAACAUUCCGGCGGGCACCACAGUGGACACCAAAAUAACUCACCCAUCAGAGUUUGACUUCUACCUUUGCAGUCAUGCUGGCAUUCAGGGAACCAGCAGGCCGUCUCACUAUCACGUGCUCUGGGACGACAACCACUUCUCAUCAGAUGAACUGCAGGUCCUUACCUACCAGCUUUGUCACACUUAUGUGCGCUGCACCCGGUCAGUGUCCAUCCCAGCACCAGCUUACUAUGCCCAUUUGGUGGCUUUCCGGGCUCGCUAUCACUUGGUGGACAAAGAGCAUGACAGUGCCGAGGGCAGUCACACAUCAGGUCAAAGCAAUGGACGUGACCACCAGGCCUUGGCCAAAGCUGUUCAGGUCCACCAGGACACCUUGCGCACCAUGUACUUUGCCUGAGAGCACCCAACUCCCAGGAAGGCGUGGGUGAGACAUCACUGAUGGAACGCACUACCCUCCGCUGUCUCACUGUCAGCUGUAGAUAACAUUACAGUGGUUUCACAUUGUGAUCUCCCUACCAGACAAACAUGUCAGUAACCCAAAUGUCUACAAUUGUACUUAAACCCACCAAAACCAUUCCAGCAAUUAGACUGUAACAUGCAAAAGAGUCAUUCUUUCUUGAGGAUUGAGCUGGAAGAGGCUUUAUUUACAUGUCGUGCAUUAGUUGUAUUUGUACUUGUUAUCUGUUUAAAAAAAAAAAAAGGGGGUGAAAAUUCUGAAAAGACAAGGCAGAGUUUGUACAUUAAUAGAAGAAUUUUCUUUCUUUCUUUUGUUUUUUGUUUUUUUUAUUAGCAGGCCGAAACAGUAUACAGUGGGGUGGUUUCACAUUUAGAAAAAGCCAGUCGCCCUCCUUCUCCUUUUGUUUGGUUAUUAGGCUCUUGGUGCUUGAAGGGAGAAGGCAAAAAUCAAAAGAUGUGGGGGUCCAUUAACUGUUAUAUGCCUAAUGAUUUAGUCCUCCCCACAGACAUUAUUUAUCAGCCUAUCAAAGCAAAGUGCACUGACCAGGAUGAGCGCUUCAAUCAGGACAAAAGUACUUAUAUAUAUAUUGAGGGUUGUUUGUGUUUUCCCCCACAUAGGGCACUAUGUGAUGAAAAGUGCCAUUUAAGAGUAUCUUCUUUCUUUUUUUCUUUUUUCUUUGCCACUUCUAUGUAAAACUAUGAAUUUUUCUUCCAGUAUUUGUCCUCUUGACACUGAUGAUCUUAUUAUGCCAACUCUGUUGACAGUUAAUGAUCUUGACAUCAGAUUUGUUUAACCUCUGAAUCAACACUUUUUAAUUAAUUUAUUUUUUUUUAUUUUUAAUGAAGCUCUUUUUGUAUUUAGAAAUUUGGGGGGGGCAAACAUUUUUUUUCCUCCUUUGCCCCACUGUUAAGUCUGAACUGACAAACGAGUGACCUGAGAUGUAAUAUAUUGGGACUGGUUCCCAGUAAGGACACAUUUCUAAUGUAUUCUGAGCCAUGUUGACAAAAGACACUUGAUUAGGAAGUCACCAUAGUGGGGAACAUGUUAAAAUCUGUGUGAUUCCCAUCUGUUCUUACAGACUUUUUAAAAUUUGAAUAAUUUCUCCAAUGGAUAUGCAUGUAGCUGGCUCAUGUUUUAGACAUUUUAGGUUUUGUGAUGAUUGUUUAUUUCUCCCUUUAUAGACAUCAACCCUACUUCUAUUUUUUUAAUGUAUAUAACACAGGAUCAUGUAUUCUGCUGUGUCAUUUGUGUGGCUUGUCGGUAACCAGGCAUUCGGUACAGUGGAGUCAAAGCUGCAACAUUUUAGAGUUUAACUGAUUGAAAUUCCUUAAAACCUCUUUAACGUAGUGUUUGCUCCAAGAACUAGGGGCUGUCAUCGCACAAAAGCUUGGGUUUUAUGCAAAUGACUUUUUUGUGAGUCUUUAUACUAUUUAGUAAUGUUGGUAAUAAGGUAUAUUUUGAAUAAGCCUUCAGUGGAAGCUGCUGAAAGAUUAUAGAUUUUUUUUUUUUCUUUUUUAAAAAACUGGCCCACGUGUUAAAAAAAAUUGUCUAAAUUAAUAUUGUCUUUGUAUGCAGAUAAAUGCAAAUAUAUGGCCUUUUAAGACUGUCAUGUCUUACUAAUAACAUUAUUAUAUAAUAAUAUCCCACCUAAGUUUUACUAAUGCUAUAAGCAGGCGAAUGUUGACAUAGUCUUGAGUGGAGGCGAGUAGUUUAUCUUUUCUAACUAUGCAUCAUUUUUAACCAAGAGAUUUAGCAGUGGGUAUCUCACAUGAAUUGGAGUCAUUUCUAGAGGUAGAUAAUCAGGGCUUUUUAUGUUGUUUUUAGCAUAUUGCAUUUAGUAGCGUUUCUUAGUGCUUAUCAACGUCUUCAUACCUUUCUAAUAGGAUGAAGUAUUUAUGUGGUCAUUUGUAACAUUGUAGGUUUUAUAGCCUAUAAAUUGGGUGUAUCCUUUGUAACACACAGUCUUUCCUAGCCAAACAAGAUUAUGAACUUUUACAUGAUGAAUAUUAAAAAAAAGAAAUAUAUAUAUAUAAAUAUAUAAUUAUAUGAAAGCACAAAAGGACAUCUCGAUUCUAGGUGCUAGAUGUUUUCACUGUAAAACACCUUAAAUCCUCACUGGACUGGUCCACAAGGCUCCGUAGUUGCAUGCUAAAAAACAAGUAAGCGUCAUAAUGUUUUGGAUCUUUUCUCUCCCUUUGAUGACCUCUCUAUGGUUCCCUUUGUACUCAUGACCUGUAAAAGCAACUAGAAAUCCGACUGACUGUGUUUGUGGGGCAUUCUGAAAAUUCUGUACUUGAUAUUUACUGUUAUGAUGUCAAUAUUGUUCUUAUCGGUGCUGGUCUCACAACAUGUAAAUUUGGAUGCACUUUUGAUAGCAAUGGUGUGACUUUUAUAGAUAAUCAACUGAAGCGAGAGGCUCGGCCGUUUUGCGUGACGCCGGCGUAAUUGUGUGGAAAUGGCCGUGUGUACUACCUCUUGUUACCUGUUUUAAGUGUUAUGGUAACAUCACACUGCUGGCCAUUUCUGUAUAAUUACCCCUGCAAUCUAUCUAAUUGGCGCUGUUUGAGUCUUGCAUCUUGACAGAAGAGGUUUUAAACGUUUGCUGUGCUUGAUGGUGAACGUGCUUUCUGAGUUUGUGGUUAUGCGAUUUAUUUUUUAACUUUUUUAAUUUUUCGCCCUCAUAGUUUUGCUCAAACUGAUGAGAGAAUGUGUGAUGAGUGUUGAGCUGUACGACCAAAUUCCUGAACUGUGUUUGUACCUACACACAGAUUUCCCUGCUUUCUUUCCUUUUAUUCUAUGCACCAAUAAGAAGCAGCAUUUUUUUUAUUUCUAUAUAGAAUAAUAACUCCUUUGCUUUUCAGUUGAGCAGCAUGCCAUCAAGUAUGUCACCCAUAUUUGGUCUGCUAAUUUUAUUUCAUUAUUCAAAAGUAGAAGGUACAAAGUAAAUGUACCCAGUUGGUGCUGUGUGUCAGACUAGGGAAGUAAUCUAGAAAAGACUGCCCACGGAUAGAUUGAUAGAGCCUGAAAACUAUCACGUAGUACUUGUUGAUAUCUGUAUGAAAAUAACACAGCCGAAGAUUUUUGUCAAAUUUCACCCCAGAGCAUUUAUUUCUAUGUACAAUCAUGCAUUUAAGUCCUUAUUUAAGCUUUAGGUUUGUUCUGAUCCAGUCAUCUCGAUCAGAGUAGGUGGAUCAGAACAGAUGAAUUAAUCAGGAGAAGCCCAUCUUUGGCUCUGUACUUGGAAAUGUGAAUGUCUUUGUUCCUGUGUGAUUGCAGGCCUUUGUAACGCGACCACAGCUAUCUUCACUUACUCGAAUGUUCAGUUCUUAGACUGUUCCUCAAAGGGACACGUCGGAAUAUAGUGUAAUAGUUGGAAGUCAUUCUCUAGAAGAUAACCGUCAUGUAUUGUUGACAGAUUGAAUCAUUGUUUCCUGUAACAGCACAAACAUCAGAAACUGACUGGCUUGUAACUUUAAGUUGUCUAUGUUUUUUAAGAGAUGACUUUGAACUUGUUUCCAUUUCUUUACGUUUUACAUUACCUACACCAGCACCUUAUAAAACCUGGUCAAAAUGGCUUUUUUCUCCCUACACUUAACAAACAAUAUUCGACAAUGUGUUUUGUUUUUCUUUGCACUAAACAAAGGACUUAGAGCUAGUGAUGUAUUGAGAGUGUUUAUCAGGGGGCAGGCUAGCAGCCUGGAUUUUUGGAUUUUGGUGGCUUUUCAAAAUAAAAGAUGCACAGUCAACAAGUGUCGCCAAUCAUAGACAGGAGAUUUGCAGGGGGUUUGUAGCCAGAGCAUCAAUGCCACAGUGUUUGAGUAUUAAGGUUUGACACGGCUGUCGCUGAAGACAGCCAUGUGCACAUUAAGUUGUUCUUAAUAAGGCCUCUUUUUCUCUAAAAUCGUUACAAACUACACAUAUCACAACUCAGAAGAGGCUUUUCCUUUUUCACAUAAAUCAUCUUUGUCACAAUAGAACAGAAUACUUUAUUGUGACUGUUACAAGAACAAUGAAAUACAGUAUGAGCUCAGUCAAGAAUGUUCAACAGACCAAUACUUGUAGCCUGGAUGAAUGUGGCAAUGCUUUUCAAGUAAAGUGGAGCAGUGAGGCUUUCAGAACAGCUGUAGUGCUGCCCCUUAAAACAUUCUCAAACAAGUUAAUUAAAUGCACACAUUCACCUCACUUUGGCUGUUUUCCCAUUAUCUUUCGGAGUGGCCAAAACGCGGAUAAAGCAGGUUUUAGAAAUAGCUUUUUCGUAAACUAAAUGGCAUAUCAUAAGCUAUUUUAAUCAGCCAAUUAUUUUCUCAUAAUAGUGGGUCUUCUUUAGUUUUUAAGAGGUAAUGAUAACAUUUCUCCAAAUGGUAACCAUCAGCCUUUGCGUUUUUGUUUGUUUGUUUUUAUUAAUAGUAUUCUUUUUAAUUUAUUUUCAUUUUUUUUAAUGGUCAUGGAGUACAAAAUUAAAGUCGGCUUUCUAAUGAAGCAGUCCCCAUUACAUGAAUGAAUUCCAUACCAUUACCCUCUGUAUAGUAAUGUCUCCUCUUUCUGCCGCUUAUCUGUCUCUUGUGGAGAAAAUCUUGCUGUUAUAAAGAGAUCUCUUGUAGAGUAGAUCCUAUUUUCCUAGCUCCAUAUAUUAAAAAUGAAUGUAAUUAGAACCUGCGUGGUUUGUAAUGUUGUAUAGGCUAUCCAUCCAGUACAUUUAUACUCAUCUUUGCAUCUUAUGUACAGCCUUUUCUUUCUGUUUUCUUCUCUUUAUUUAUAGGCUUUAUUAAUUCCAGAAAGUAUUGUUUUCUUCUUCUCAGUCAUUUAAAUAUUGCCCAUGUCACAGACCAUAUAAUCUUUUUAUUUUUAUUCUUUCUGAUAUGAAAUGAAAGUAGUAAUUCUACAGUUGUGCUGUCUUUCUCUGGAUGUUGGCUACUGUACUUUUAGGAGACAUAUGUUUCACACUGGUGCAAAGAGUAGCCAUCCUUUGAGUCCUGGCAUCAUACUUGUGUGAGGUGCUAAAACAUAAGCGCUUUGUGUGUAUAUUAGGUGGUUUGCGUAGGUGUGUGAUCUCAUUUGCUGUUGGAUUUUAAACUUAUGCUUAAGCCCUCGGGUCUCGUAUUCCUGUCCAGCCCCUACAGAGCUGUCUUGUAAAAUCCUCCCUGAAUUAUUACAUUAAUUAGUGCAGUGCCACAUAAAUGCAGAGAAGCUUUUCAUUUUAAGUGUUACUUCUGUUCCUUUUUUCAUUUGUAUUGCUACACGGCUGGGUUUUUUGUUUUGUU